UCGAUGCUCUGCUUAGCCGCGCGCAUCCCUUUAUGGGUACUUCAAGCUGGACUUUCUGGGGUGCGUGUGGGAGGCAACCCUGGAAGGGGGCCUGGAAACGGCCGUGUGCUUUUCUGUGUGAACAAGAGUCGUUUCUUCGCAGUUGUAUUGCACAGCUGUCCAUUAGGACCUGGAGAGAAGCGGGUCCGCGGCAUGGAAUGGGCGGUGCUGUUCCUGGGAUCACAGUAUCCUCCUUGUACCUUGCCCGUCCUUGAAUUUUUUUUCUGGGCUCGAAUCCUCCUUCGCACAGCAAGCCCUACAACUAAUUGGGUUAUGAUGAGCCAAGAGAACGUGUUUUUCUCGGCCUGGCGUUCAGCAGCAACAACGUAUAAAGCCGCGCAGCACCGGGUCUGUGCCAGCGCUCGUUUACCCCCCAGCCCUCCCCCCAAGAUGCAAGCUUGGCGACAAAAGAGGAAACCGAGGUCCUCGCAAACUUAGUGACUCCCAAGUCGUCAGAGCCAGCUCCAGGCUCCAGCCCCAGGCUCCAGCGCUCCUGCUGGCCGCAGAACUGUGUUUGCCUGGGAAUCUGGCGCUCGCGGGUCGCCAGCUCGGACCUUAGUUAGGUGGCCUGGUUUGCUCGCGAGGUCGAGGAGAAUAUGAAAGUGCUACUUGGGCUCCUUUGUUUCAUCGCCCCUCUGCUGUCACUGGAGACUGAUGAAUGUAAAGAAUAUCCAAACGAGAUAAUUUUAUUUUCAUCUGUAAAUGAAAUUGAUAUUCGUGAUUGUCCUCUUACUCCAAAUGAAAAGCAUGGCAUCAUAAGUUGGUAUAAAAAUGACAGCCAGACACCCAUAUCAGAGGAGCAGGCCUCCAGGGUUCACCAGAAGAACGAGCAUCUUUGGUUUGUUCCUGCCAAGGCCGAGGACUCGGGACAUUACUAUUGUAUAGUAAGAAACUCAACUCACUGCCUCAAAACUAAAAUAACGGUGAAGGUUUUAGAGAAUGACCCUGGCUUGUGUUACAAUGCCCAAGCCACCUUCCCACAGAGACUCCACAUUGCAGGCGAUGGAAGUCUCGUGUGCCCUUAUCUGGAUUUUUUUAAAGAUGAAAAUAAUGAGUUACCCGAAGUUCAGUGGUAUAAGAACUGUGAGCCGCUGCCUCUUGACAACAUAAGCUUCUUCGGAGUGAAAAACAAACUGAUGGUGAGGAACGUGGCUGAAGAGCACGGAGGGAACUACACCUGCCGCGUGUCCUACACCCACCUGGGGAAGCAGUACCCCGCCACGCGGGUGAUAAAGUUCAUCACCAUCGGGGAAAACAAGAGCGACAGACCUGUGAUUGUGAGUCCACGGAACGAGACGCUGGAAGCAGAGCCAGGAUCCACGCUGCAGCUGACCUGCAACGUCACGGGCCAGUUCACGGAUCUUGUCUACUGGAAGUGGAAUGGGUCGGAAAUUGAAAUGGACGACCCACUCCUAGCCGAGGACUAUCAGCUUGUGGAGCAUCCUUCCGUCAAAAGAAAGUACGCGCUCAUGACAAUACUUAACAUUUCAGAAGUGCAAAGCCAGUUUUAUCAGUAUCCGUUCAUCUGCAUCGUCAGGAACACCAACGUUCUAGAGUCAGCGUACGUCCGGUUAGUAAGCCCAGUCCCUGAUUUCAAGAAUUAUCUCAUUGGGACCUUUGUCAUCCUAACGGCUACAAUUAUAUGCUGUGUUUUCAUCUAUAAAAUCUUCAAGGUUGAUAUUGUGCUUUGGUACAGGGACUCCUGCUCUGAUUUUCUCCCCCAAAAAGCGUCAGAUGGAAAGACCUACGAUGCAUACAUACUCUAUCCCAAGACUGUCAGAGAGGGAGCCUCCUCGAGCCUGGACACUUUCGUGUUUAAGCUGCUGCCUGAGGUCUUGGAGGGGCAGUUUGGAUACAAGCUGUUCAUUUACGGAAGGGAUGACCAAGCUGGAGAAGAUACUAUCGAUGUUACUAAUGAAAACGUAAGGAAAAGCAGGAGGCUGAUUAUCAUUUUAGUGCGGGACAUGGGAGGCUUCGGCUGGAUGCCUCAGUCGUCUGAAGAACAAAUAGCCAUCUAUAAUGCUCUCAUUCGGGAAGGAAUUAAAGUUGUCCUGCUUGAGUUGGAGAAAAUCCAAGACUAUGAGAAAAUGCCAGAGUCGAUCCAAUUCAUUAAGCAGAAACAUGGAGCUAUUUGCUGGUCGGGAGACUUUAAAGAGAGACCGCCAUCUGCCAAGACCAGGUUCUGGAAACACUUGAGAUACCGCAUGCCAGCGCAACGGCGACCCCCGCUGUCUAGACACAGCUUGCUAACCCCAGGUCCUGUGCUGGACACCAAGGAGAGACUGCAGGCAGAGACUUGCUUACCUCUUGGCUAGCUGGCCAGAGUGGGCCUGCAACGCUGGGAUGCCUCCUGACGUGUGAUUCUAGUAACGCGUACAAACACACAGCACAGCUUCGUAGUCCCUUCUCCCCAGGUCGCCUGAUGGGAUUGGCAAGGGACCAGGACAGUUGAGAGCAGAGUGCUGGGAAGCCUGGGGCAAAGGCUGCUCGGGACUGCUCCGGAUGCUUGGGUUGAGGUGGUCAGCCUGGAGGACCGAGCUUCGUCAGACGGCCACCCUUGUGGGUGGUUUAAUUCAACCCUGUGCGGUCCCACGGUGGGACUGUGGUUGUCUGAGGACACUUCGGGGGGGGGGGUCUUCGGCGGAGAAGGGCUCUCCUGAGCCUCCGUGCGGGUGAGGCUUACUGACCCCUCCUCCCUCCGGGGAGGCAUAACUUCCUUGCAUCUCCCAGGCCACCAGACUCAGUUUUCAAAGACUAGAUUUUAUUUUAUAGACCUUGAAAGCUGUCAUCUCGGUGAAGAAGGGUCCCUCGGGGUUCCCUUUACUGCGUUCACCUUUGCUUUCUGAAGAAGAGAGUGGGUUUUAUAUUAACUAUAUGAAUGGUAGAAGGAUGCUCUCACAGGUCUCUUCUACUCAGCAUCUGUCCUGGAAAAAGGCUGUUGCUGCUCUGUCCUCUUUCUCGUGCCUAUCGCUGCCCAUGGCUUCUCAGGAGGUCCGCUCUGCAAUGCACAGCCUGAGGAUCCGCCUUCCUGCCUGGGGUGCUCUAACCCCGCCCCGGGGGAGGGGCUGCAGCACUACAUGGGCUCUUCAUCUUGUCCCCAUCUUGUUCCCACCUUGUCCCCUGGCCUCUCUUUGCUGUCCUGCUGCUGGAACCUCCUCCAUCUUCACUGUGCCUCCCACACUCUAGGACUAGAAUUCUCCCUCACAUUUUCUCCACAUGGCAAGGAGUUUGCUGAAGUUCAAAGUUGAUUUCAAUGCUAAAAUCCCAAGGGUCUAAUCUCUCCUUACCCUAGACUUGGCCACCAACCCCCAGAAGUCAACCUUCCUGUCACUUUACCCCUGCUGUUGGGGGGCGGGGCACUUCGGAAGGUGGUUUCUUUGCCAGCAGGAACUGUCCUCUCCGAGGGGCAGGCAGUGGCUGUGUCCGUGUCCUUACUCUGCGCUCUGCACUGUGGACAUGUGUUAUAGAUUUGCCAAGACCUUUAUUUUAAAGUAUUGUCGGAAAAUCACACUUAAAACUUGUAAUCAUCGUGAUUUUAUAUAGAGACACUGACCUAUUUACCAAACUCCUCUUUGAGCUCUGCUGGACCCAGGCCUUGAACUUUCCUGGCUGCUUUCCCUGUGCUCCACUCUUUAUUUGCUCAUGGGAGAAGACAUGUUCUUUGGGAAGCAACUGAGUCCAGCAAUGUCUUUACGUUAGGAACAAACACAGUCUUUUUCAGUGUUGGGAUUUAUAAAAACUACCUUUAGACUUUUCAGCAUGAUUUUUUUUUUUUUAUUUUCCAACACUGGCUUCCGAAAGGUCAACAUUUCUUCUCCAACUAAAAGAAUGAAAGCAAAUUGGUCUCUGUGGUACAAAAAUUUUUGUUUGAUUGUUUUUAAUUUGAUGACUGUCUUUGGAAUAAUCCUAACCGUUCUGGAAGAUUGAAAAGCCAAGUUCAUGUGCCAAAAACAAACCCAGUUUUCAGGGCUGUACGAAUGUGGAUUCCCCUCUGUCUUUCAGACUUCAAGAAUCUGCUAUGGGUGAGUGCAAAUAUUAUUUAAAAGGCAUCUUCUCACCUACAUAGAGGUAGACAAAAAGCACACAAUUUGGGAUCUUGGCUCUCCCCUUCUGACUUCUUUUCUCCUGGAUCCAGCCUGAUGGUGAUCGCUGGGUUGCUAGGUCGGAGAAAGCAAGGCUGUCCCAGGUGGCAGCCAGAGGUCUGAUGGAGUGAGGUCAUAAACCAACCCAUGAUGCUUUAAAGUUUAAUUUUACUGAUGACUUUUUGUCUGCCAUCCAGAUAUAUGCCUGUAUAUCAUAUGUGAAUUAGAGUUCAUGGGAAACUUGGCCAGAAAGUAAAAGCAGAGAGCAAAGAACCAUGGAUAGUGUGACAGCAAGAACUGAGGGGGAAACAGAGUCAAGGGUUAGCCUGUGCUAAGAUGGACCCUGAAUAAGAAAGUUUUGUCAUUUCUGGUUCCUGGGGGAAGACUGUCGAGGAUGGAGUGGCACAUAUGAGCAGUGAGGAUUUCCUGUGGCUUCGCCUCUCCAGAAGUACCUGGCUUGAGUUGUCUUUCAUGCUUUCUCCAUUGCUCAGAUUUCACAGUGCCUUGUGAUGGUGUUUUUAAAAGGCCAACCAAGUGUUGCAGAAUUUUGCACAUGCAACGAUGUAUUAAUUACCAGUGUUUAAAACUGGUUUAGCAGAAGUUAUAUUUCUCUCUCUCUUGCCUUUUGAACUUUUCUUGUAAGGAUAGAAAAAGUAUUGAGCCAUUUUAAUGACUUUUUUAUAAUUUAUAUUUAUACUGAUCAAUAAUGAAGGGUGUUUUUUUUAUUAAAGAAUUUGAUCUUAUAAUUCUUCAGCCGAUGCCAGAUAUGUAUCAUGAACCACAGCAUUUAUAUAUAAUGCAUAUUAUGGAUUAGUGGCCUGAAUUUGUUUUCCAAUAAAUUGUUAAACCCUC